AUGCGCCUCGCCACAAUAAUCUUUCUGUGUCUCUGGUCUUGCAUAUGCAAUUCAAGCGUCUUCCGCAGACCACCAGGCGCCGGCCCCACAGGAGACUUCCGGGACAACCCAACUUAUGUCAUAGGAGAGAUCCUCGACCUCCAAUGGGAUUCCGACGAUAAUUCGGCCGUUGAUUUGACCAUAAUCCAAGUAUCCGAAGAUAUACUUGACAUUCCACGGACGACUUACCUCUUCCCUCGGGCCGAUCUAGCGAACCAGCAAAGAACGACAUACAACUGGCAAAUCAGAUUCGACGGCUUUCCAUCCAGCCAUGACCCGAAUCUGAGCGACAUCUACUUCUUCCGACUCCUGCCGGCCGGGGUGGGUGGUGCCGGCUCCACGUCCCACUACUUCAACAUCACGAGUAACGCCGCGUCGUCGGUACCGUCUUCGUCGUCAACAUCCGUUUCGGCCACUACGGUUACAUCUACCACUACAAACACCCCGAAAUCAGGCGAUGGCGGGCUAGCAGGAGGGGCGGUAGCCGGUAUCGCUAUCGGAGUUAUGAUCGGGACGCUCGCAGUUGUUGGCGUAGUCUUCAUCUUGGUUCGGAGGCGCUGGAAGAAAACGAAGAGGGGGAGACAGAUCAUGGCUGGGCCCACGGCUGCUGGCGGCACGGAGGAGGUUCACUUCUACAAGCGAGACAUGCCUGCACCGUCACGUGAGGUGUAUGGUGAGAGUCGUCGCUUCGAAGCGGAAGGUUCAGGACCCAGCGACAUGAGGUUUGAAAUGUCAGGUGAUGUUGUUGAACGGAGAGAAAACAUGGGCCUAGGACAAGGCAGUGGGCACCACUACUAG